CGUUAAAGCCAGUGUUGAAAAAGUCGGCUUUGCCUAUUAUUGGUAACUUGUGUUUGUUGCGUGUUUUGCCAUUGUUUCGGUCUAAAACCGCCUUUGGUUGCUUCCAUAUUAAAGUAAAAUUGUGUUAAAUAUGCUUAGUUGUUAGUUCUGAGGACACCAAACACGCAAUGCAUUAUUACGUGGCUGCUAUCUGCCUGGCGGGCUUUAUGGGCUCAGCUAUCGGUCAGUACAACCUGGUGCAGAAGGACAACUGCAUCAUUCCAAAGAUCCUGCAGGGAUCGUGGUUCUCCUGGGAAACGGGCCUGCCCACGCUGACGGUGAUCGACGCCACCUCGAUGUCCAGCCGAGGCUACUGCAUCAACUACAUGCGUCACAAGGGCGAUGAGUACUCAUUUGUCUUCAAGGAGCGAUCCAAGGACUGCUACCACUGCGUCAGGACCAUCAUCCGCACCCUCAAUGUGUUCGAGAAGUUUGAGGGGCCCUGCGUGGGCAUACCCGCUGGACAGGAACCCACCGUGGACUAUGUGUGUCGUGGUGUUAAGGAUGACCAGCAGCUGAUCACCCUCUUCAACGAGAACUUUGUGCCCAUCAACUGCCGCUCGUCGCUGGAGGGAGUGUGGCAUUUCACCUACCAGAACCGUUUCCGAUUUACGGGCGUAUGCGAUAAGCCUGAUGCUCGCAUUCAGUCCUGUCAAACGGCGGGAACCCAGUUCCUCAUCCAGAACCAGAAGUUCAACGUCACCUACCAGCAGUGCGAGGGUAUGGAGGGCACAUUCACCGGCACCGUGGAGUUCAGCUGCCUGGGCGAUUGGUUUGUGGGCAAGAACCAUUACUUUGCAGUGGCCAACACGAAGGAGUCGCGUAAGGAUGAGAAGUACCGCUGCUUCCUCAAAAAUCGUGACGACGAUCUGUACGUGGGCGUUUCCAUUACGGCCGAGUGUAACACCCUGAAGACGCCAGAAACCUCUCCGGAGCGUCUGAAGCUGACGCCCGUGAAGGCCGAAUUUGUGGAACCUGGCUGCACGCUACCCCAAAACUUUAGCGGCGAAUGGGUGAACACUGCCAAUAUUGAUGCCGAUGUGUCAAUCAGUGAGACCCACAUCAACGAGACGUACUAUCCGGAUAAAGCUCGAUACCGAAAGACCAUCUAUGUUUGCCGAGAGCGACGAGGUAAUCGUGUGAUGAUGGCUCGACUUACCGUCGACGGUUGCCAGAAAGAUUACGUGUGUUUUGACUUUAUGCCCCGCCACCACAACAUCAUUCGCUACCGAAAGGGUUUGGCUGUGAUCAAGGACGAUUUCAGUACAGUCUGCUCCUGGGUACAGUUCCCCAAUUCGGAGGCAUGGAAAUAUGACCUGUUUCUUGCUCGAAAUCCUGUGCCGGUUCGUUGCCCCGUUGCGGGAAAAUUCAACUUUACGCAGCGAGGAGAACAUCCAUUCAGAACGAGAAUUCUUGGUGGCGUCACUCUGAGUCCGCGUCCCGAUAUCCAUUGCAAGCAAAACAUCUCGGAUUUGUCGGUCUGUGAUACUGAUCAAAAGGAAUUGGCGGUGGAUGAAAACUACUGCCUGUCGGUGGAUCACUUGGGCCGUCCCGUUGAUAUCUACAGUGAUCCCGAUUACCGCAUGAAGUGCAUUGGCUUCUGGAAGGAGAACCUGAAGUCCUACCUGAUCACCUACGAUGAUCUGGAUCCGCUGUCCAAGUAUCGCUGCUGGGUCUAUCAACGCGCUGACCUCAACCGUGUCCUCAUGUCGCAGGCUGUGGGUGCAUUCUGCAAACUGGAGCAGGACGUGACCUCGUGGAACCACUCGGAGGGUGCCGCCGUAGCCAUCGAUGCCGUGGAGUACGAAAGGGAGCGCGACGACUGUCCCAUGUACUUUGAUGACGGAUUGAACCCAUGGAAGACGUCGGAUGCCUCCAAUAUCAUUUUCGACUGGGACUUUUACCGAGCAGGAGCAGCGACACUCAAUUCAAAACUGACUGGCCUCGUAAUUGUGGCCUUUGUCCUGGUUAGGUGUUUAUUACCUUACUAAGAUCAAAAGUAUUUUUUAACUAUUCCAUCCAACGAAAUUUAAAAAUAUUUACAACCAACAUAAAGUGACUUAGGAGCAAUUGCGUGCCUUAGAAUGCAAAUUUUAGAAAGUUUUAAGCAAAUUUUAAACUUAGUUUUUAAGAUGACAAUUUGUACUUGUAACAGCCAUUCCGUCCCAAACGAAUCUCAAAUGUUUUGUGCAAAUAAAUAAAGCAGCUAAAUAAAUGCCUCGAUCUAAAUUAA